CUCCUCUCCUUUUGCGCACCAGGCUCUCCCACCCUCGGUUCCUCUAUUCGCUCACUGCGCUCUCAUCCUCGGUGCGGCUUGUGUCUCUGCCUACUCCUGUGCGUAAGAGCGCACCGAUGGAUAUGUCAAAGUGAUGCACUCCCGAAAACGCGAGAUCCGAGCCCCGCAAAUGCCUCUCUGGAAAGACGUAUAGGUGCGCAGCGGAGAGAGCGCGCGUUGGAGAGCAGUUAGUUAGAUUUAAGUCAAGUUCAUCCUGCGCAGAGUGGUUUUAUUCCGCGUUUUUUGUUUUUGUUUUUGGUUCUCAUUUUUUUUUGGAUGAUGAUAUGUUAGUAAAAAUGUUCAUUAGCGCGGAUGACGGUGCGUUGCUAUUUGGAUGUAUGUUUCUGGACUUUUCAGCAUAUCAUGACCGCGCGCCUUCCCCCCUCUCUCCAAGUCUUUUCGUUUCCGCGUGAAGUUGAACGGAGGGGAGAACACGAUGAGAGGGAAAUACUUUCUCCUCGGCUUCUUGUUGCUCAAACUUAUGGCUCUGGUGUGCAAGGCUGACGGGGAGCCGGGACUGCUCGGGGGAUUCGUCAUGAUCGCCACCUCCAACGGCUCCAGGGAGGAGGAGAGCGUGUCCGAGGAGACCCCGCACACGGAGGACAAAUGCCGGGGUUACUACGACGUGAUGGGCCAGUGGGACCCGCCGUUCAUCUGCAAGACGGGCAAUUAUCUGUACUGCUGCGGCACCUGUGGCUUCCGCUUCUGCUGCUCCUACAAGCACUCGCGGCUGGACCAGAGCACCUGUAAAAAUUAUGACACUCCGGUGUGGAUGAAGACCGGACAGACUCCCUACAACAAAAUGAACAAGAUGCACGGCAGCACCAAAGACAAGACGAACUUAAUUGUUUACAUCAUAUGUGGAGUAGUGGCCAUUAUGGCUCUUGUGGGGAUUUUCACCAAACUGGGGCUGGAAAAGGCGCACCGGCCCCAGAGAGAAAACAUGUCCAGGGCCGUCGCCAGCGUGCUGCAGGGCGGGUGUCCAGGUGAGCAGUAUCGGGGGGAGGAGGCCCUGGGGAUGCACUCACAGCACUAUGUUUCCAGGGCCACAAACCUCCAGGGUGGUCAGAUCAACAACAACGUGGGAGCGGGCUCGAACAUGGGCCAGCAGCACCCUUACCCUGCCCUCAGCCAGCUGGCUCAUGUGUAUGAACAGCAACAACAGCAGCAGCAGCAGCAGCAGCAGCAGCAGCAAAACAAGGAUCUCAACAAGUACGCCUCCCUGAAGGCUGUGGCUGCCAAGUACAAUGGCGAAAUCUACAACAAGCGUCGGCUGAUGGUGGAGCUGCCAGUGAAGGGCGGGCUUCCUCUCCAGCCAAUGGGCAACUCCAGACCCUCUAUGGGCAACAUGUCGUCGAUCGCUCCUCCGAUGACCACCAAUCCCAUGGCUUCGAACCCCAUGACCUCCAAUCCCAUGAACCCCACCAUCACCCAGAUGACUUCAAUGACCCCAAUGACGUCUAUGACACCCAUGACCUCAAUGACUCCCAUGACAUCCCUCACCCCGAUGACCUCCAUGACUCCUAUGACUUCUCUGGGUCCACUGACUCCAGAGCCAGUGGCCACCUACGUCACAGAGAUGCCCAGCAUCUCCUCCGUCUCGACCCUCCCGACAGAACGGCACAUAGGUGCUGGAGGCGGAGGUGGGGGACUCAAGCCGAACGGCCAGAAACCCAAAGGCAGCCAUGGCCACACUGCCCACAGCUCUCACAGCUCUCACACUCAUGCUCACAGCCACAGUAGCAAGCCGCCAGGACUCGGGGCUACCUCCUUGGCACACAUGGCAGGGACCAUGCCAGGUGGCACGUCCCUGGGCAUCUCCAGGGCCGCCGAGACCGCCAUUGGCCCUAGCUCGGCUACAAUGGGCCGCCCAUUGGCGUACAGUUCCAACACAAUCGCGGCCGGGCAUGGGAUGGGGCUGGGGCUGAGGGGCUGGGAUGGGACUGAGACGGUGGGCCGGAGGAAGACCUACGGGCACAAGAGGCCUCAGUGUACCGUGCUGGAGCCAAACCAGCUCCACGGCUCCAGAGGCCACAGCCACAGCCAACACUUCCUCCCCACACAGCCCUACUUUGUGACCAACAGCAAGACAGAGGUGACUGUGUGAGAGAGGAAGAACGGGAGAAAAAGAGUGAGGAAAGGAUGCAUGUGGAGUGGUGGCACAAGUAAUCUCUGAGUGGAGACACCAACUCCUGGGGUGGUCAAAGGUGCAGAUCUGUGUGUGUGUUUGUGUGAAGUUGAGGCUUGUUGGUGUAUUGGUGUGAUGAGACAGUGACACUGUGUCUGAGUGGUCCUCGUUUCACAAGCGGAGUUCACAAAUCAAAAUCACUGAAUAGACCUUUGUUGUCAAGAAGAUGGCUUCCAAGAUGGUGGUGUCUGUGACCAUAACAACAAAGAGCCUAGAGAGCAGGGAUGUCUGUACACUUGUGGGGAUAUUAGAGUGUUGUCUCAUGGAUAAUAUCUACUCUGUAAUGGUGACAAUAUCUGAGCAUUACAGUGCGACUACACACAGAUGAUAAAGCAGGAAACUGCUGAUAAUAAAAAGGAGUGGCUUUACUGUAUGAACCAAACCUGAGAAGCAAUGUAAGGGAUCAAGUGUAAGGCACCGAAACAUCGUGGGACAGGGGAAAUACAACAUGUUUACCCACAAACCUCGCAAAAAGAGUCCUGCUCAUCUGCCCAACAAAGUGUCGAAUGGUUUGGAAGAAAUAACAUUCCCUUAUGAUUCACCCCCAGAUCUCCUGAGGGGCUUUGAAACAGACACACACGAUGAGGGCGCUGGGCUUUGGACUGCAGACAUGCAGGCCUUUGUACUGUGGCUAUUCAGAAGCGCCUUCAUAAGCUGUGCAGCUGAAGGUCGCCCUUUUCCACAAGGCUCCAGCACAGAGAAUGGAGGCUGUCACGCUGGCAUUGUUCUGUUCUGAUCUCGUCUGUGUGGUGACAGCUGGCCGAGAGGAGGGAUAAGGAGGCAGGGAGGCAGCAUCUGGAUGAUGCUGGAGCUAGCAGAGGCUCCUCGGAGCAUCAUUCUCAUACACACACACACACACACACACACACACACACACACACACACAAAUGCACACGUUCAGAAACGUGCACAUGCAGACACACAUUUUCACACACAGAUAUAUACUGUAGAAACACCACACACCAGGGUUUGACUGAUAUGGAGUUUCUAAGGAACGAUACCAAUCAUUUUAGAUUAAAGUUAAAGAUGGUUGAUAAUUUAUUUAUUUUGUGUAUGUUUGUUAUCUUUACAUUUAACUGUUUGCAUCCCAAAAAUUCUAUUCAGUGUUUCCCCAAAAUGAUAUUCUUGUCAGUGAAUUUAGACCAUUACAGUACUCUGAAACUCCCUCAUGAGAAAUCAAACUUUUAGAAAUGGCAGCUGAGUCAGAACGACCCACUUUAUCCAUUUAGUGGCAGGGUAAUUUACCUUUAAAUUGCUAUGUAACUAUUUACAAAAGAGUUGUACAAUUAAAGAAGUGGUUUGACAGUUUGGGAAAUAUCCUUAUUUUCUUUCUUGCAGACUUAGAUGAGAAGAAUGAUACCACUCUCAUGUCUGUAUGCUAAAUUCAGCAUGAAGCGACAGCCAGCAGCCAGCUUAGCCAAGCUUAGCACAAAGACUGGAAGCAGGGGGUUGUAGUCAGUCUGGCUCUGUCCAGCGGUACAGCAACAAACUCUGCCUAUCAGCCGCUCUAAAGCUCACUGACAUGUUAUAUCUUGUUUACUUAAUCCAUACAAAAGCCAAAGUGUAAAAAAGACACUGUGCUUUUUUCCAGGAGUCAAAAUGUUGAACUAUUCCUUUAAAAGAAUGAAUAAAAUGUGAAAAUGUAAAGUUGUUUUAAUGUAGCUGUGUAGGAAGGGCCUUCAUCGUACUGGAAGUGGAAAAAAUGACUUAUUUGAUUGAGAUAUAUGUUUUAUGUAUUUAUCAGUUUAAGGAUAACAGACAGCGCACAUAAAAUAUGAGCCAACUGAGCAACUAUAUGCCUGAAAUAUUUUCAUUAAGUGGACCAAAUGUAAGCUUUGGCUUCUCAACAUUGUAUUUCUGCAUCAAUUUUUGCAUAGAAUGUUCUACAUGUCUGGUUUUAGACAAAUGCAAGAAACUCCUGUGAAAAGUGGAUAUAAUAGUUAUGAAAAUACCACAAAUUUUUGCUUGUAAUGGAAGACACUGCCACAAAAAACUAGGCUUGAUUAGAUCACUCACUGUACUCAAGCUCUGGCUAAAAAAAAACAUCACAACCAGCAGGAAAAAAAAGAAUAUCUGGGUUACAUGAGUCACAUAUGAAAAUAAAUCCUUAAGUCUCACAAAUAGGCCAAAUCUUCGAAGGGCGUCUCUCAGCCUAUUUAGUAGUUUUGUAAUGAUGUGAUUCUUAUUAGCGACUGCAGCUGCCGUUAUCAUUUUAGCCUUGUUAUCUAAAGUGCUGCUUCCACCUCUAAGAUCCUCUUUACAUUUGCGAUUAAGAUGCAUUUUUAAGUGAUCAGAUUGUAAUCAGACAGAGCUUAGCCACAUUAAAAAAAAAAAAAAAAGUGAAAGCGCUAGAGACACGGUGAGGAAGGAUUAUGAUUUGAUUGCUUAAACCAUCUCUGGAGGUUGUCAGAGAAGCAUUUGGCGUAAGUGUAAAUGCAGUUCUGUCUUAGAAAUUUGAGCGCAGGCGACGAGGCUGCUCAGACAGCAUCACACCAACAAAGACAGACUGUCAGGACAUCUGUGGAUAGAGAACAAGCUAAAAAAAAUAGGUGUUAAAUGUCCAUUUUAAAGCAUGUAAAUAGAAGAGGAAGAGGUGCACAAGACAAUCCGGUGAGAGAACAUGACAUUGGAUUUCAGUGUGACACAUUUUAUUGCUGGGUCCAGCAGAGCUAUACGCUCAUUUUGGGUACACUGUGUAUCCAGAAUGCAUGUACUGUAGAUGUGAGGUGCAAAAGAAGAGGGAGGGAGGGAGGGUGGCUAAUACUACAGCUUCUAAAUCAAAAGCAAACUAAGCCAGCUGAGCGCAAGAUAAGGGGGUCUACAGGAGGGGAUAUUUUUGCCUCGUGCUGUGGAACCCCUGCUGCCUUCAGGGUCACAUGACUGGAAACCUGAGACCAAAUUGAAGCGGCGGAACUGGAUUUAGAAGUCAUCAGAGCAUUAAAAUGUGUCACCUAUACACCCACACUAACACAUGCACACACACACACACACACACACAGAACACAUUACAGGGUGGACUCUGCUUCCCUUCUGCUCCCACAGUGCCGAGCGGCGGGCGUCAUCACAGCAGAGAGACAAAAGAGUCAGUACUGUUACUGCACCUGUUGUACAUGAAAGACUGUGAAACUCCAGACCUUGGCCCUUUGUAGCGAUAACUGAUAAUAUGCUUUUUAUAUAAAUAUACAUAGCCUUUCUCGCUUAAUCUCUUUCUUUUCACACUUUCUUCUUCUACACUUCUUUUCACCCCUUUCUUCUUCUUUGCUCCCUCCAUGUCUGAAAGGAAGACCUGCAGAGCAGAGAUAUCUGAGAGAAAAACAAAAAAACCCCAAAAAACUGGGCUGUGAUGAAUCUUUUCUGUGAUAGUGGAGCACAGUCACGAUGAGACAGUGAAUAAUAAUAAUUCACCCCCACCUUGAAAGGCAUGAUUGAUUUUCCCCUUGUUCUAGCAGGAAAUAUAAGUGAUUGAUUCUGUGUGCCAAAAAAUGUAAUUCAGUUUGCAAUUUUGUACCAUUGUGAGUCCUUUUGAACACUGCGCACAUUUCACUCUUUAUAACUUUGUGUACGCCUGUGUGUGUAUGUGUGCGUGUGUGUGUAUCCAACUUUGGCAUAUGAUUAUUGUCUCUGAAGAAGUCAAAACUCAAACAAACAAACCAAACAAAGUGAAUCAUAUAUAAAUGGAGUUCACAAUCCCCAUAAACCCGUUUGCUUCCAGUGAUAAUCCUUUUCAAAUUUUGUUGUUUUUUUCCUCCUCCGUGUAUUUAUUUCCUCCUUUUCAUGACAGCUGGUGGUUUCGCUUGUGACAGAGUUGAGAAGCAGGUCAAUGUUUGUUCAGGAUGUGCAUUAUCAGACCCAAUUGACUUAAUCCAGCAAGGUGGAAACGUGGAAAUAUGAACCCUUCUUGCUGCCCCAUACCGCUCCAUGCUUAAAGCCCAUUCAGCUCUGCAAAAGCAGCCACUGGAACAAUUGGUAAGCAGGCAGAGCAGUGGAAACAGCUGGUAAACAACAAAAAAAAGGCCUGCGUCCCCUCGCCAUAACAGCCAAAAUAAACCUGAUAGAAAGUGGGGAAUUGGUUGCGCCGGCUGGUUCAUGGUUGAUAGGGUCAGGGCCACAGAUGAGUGGGUUCAGGAGGCAGCCAUGUCUGACAUUUUUCAUCAGACAAGUCAGUCGGACAAAAAAAAAAAAGCCACAGCAGAGACAAAAGGACACAGGUAGUCUACGGGCUCAAAACAGCCAGUUCAGUGACAGAGCCAGGAGGAGCCCUGGAACACUAAGUGUUUCUGUCUGUCACUUACUGAAAAGAUAAUCUGCAUAAUAAUACUACAAUAUUAAAGACAUUCCAGUACAUUCAGAUCCAAAGAAAGAGGUCGGUCUGUGUUAUUCCUCAUUAAUCCUUAUCAUUUGAGAGUGCUUUUCUAAUUUGAAGGACAGUUUUAUAGCUCAGAGAUGGUUGCUUCACUUUCUGCCAUGUUUACCCCCUGGUGACUUUGGAUUUUCUGUAGUUUUUAACCUACUUUUUCCCAUAUUAUCCUCUGAAAAAAGAGAGGCCCCUAUUCAGUUGGAUAACAGCCAAACUGUCGUGAAUGGGGUAUGGAGUGUAUCACUAUUAUAUGUUGUCACUUCCAGGUGUGUCCAGGCUUUAACUCAAACUUCAAGUCAUUCAAAAAUUCAGUCACCCAGCUGGCCACUCCGCAGUAACAGACAGCGAUCAGCUCCACCUCUUAGUGUCCAUGACCCUGUGCCAAAUGAGAUCCAAAUUUAGGGAUGGCCGCUCAGUGUGAACUCAUUUCUUCAAACCAUCCAGGUCCUGAUUGCCCUGUGGGUGCUCGCCCUGCCACAGCUUAAAGCUUUUACCUCACUAUAUUCCCCCCCCCCUUCCUGGCUGAAUGGAAGUCAAAUGAAGAGUGGAGGUGCAAUUCACCUAAUUAUAGGGAAUCAGACCCAAGUUAAAGGGUGCAGCGGUUCACUGGUACAUUGAUCAGGAACAGAGGCAGGAGCAAGAAUCAGGCCAGUCAAGCAUGUAGCCUGAAGUUAUGUGGUGUUAACACUUGCUGAAUAUUCUUUGGCCUUAUGACCUGGACUUGAUAGGUAAUAUUGUACAGUGUUGUUUGCGGAGGCAAUAUUUUCCCUGAGUUUACACCCACAUUUUUAAUAUAAAUCAUCAAGUUGGGUCAGGACCUGUCUGUUCUGUCACUUAAAUAUCCGUGUCUGGCGUGAACACUACAUUCCAAAAUAAGCGAUUUACUUUACUGUCACAGCCCAGCUAGCUUGGUUAGCUACACAUGCUAACCAGCUGGUGCUAUGUACAGUUUGAUGUCAAACCUCAUGAUUUUUUAAAACUCUGUUUUGCCUUUUCUCCCAAAUUGACAUGGUCCACUCUGCCACACUGCUGCCCCCAAAACAACCAGUGAGAAUCUCUCUCCAACAAUGAUCCCUCACCGGCUUCCCACCCACAAAGCACUGCUUUUUGUGCUCUGUCUGGAAUUUGAACCUAAGUCUCUGCAACAGUUCUUUUUAGCCUUGCAUCAUCUGAGCCGCCACGCUACAUGACUCAGCUCUCACAGCGUCGUAGCCACCACUGUGCUCAUUUCUGACGUGAUCUUACUCUAGUGCUCUGAGUCUUGCUCUUAGAGGUGUAACGUCUGAAUAACUGUUGAGCUAAUGCCGAGUUGGGGGAGUUAGGGUGGUAGGCUCAUACUGUGGCAAAGUCUCCCUUGCCUGUCAAAUUAAUAAGGGCACUGAGAAAGGCAAACAGCGAGAGAAGCAGAUUAAGUAAGAGAGAUUUAGAUUUUAAUGAAAUGUCUCAAAACAAGGCAGAGGAAAAGCUGGAAGGCAAACACCUUUAAAACUCACCCACUCACAAAGUACACAUCGACAAGUACGAGCAGUGACAAAAUCGAGUAAUGAAAGAGCUUAGAACACACAGGCUUCACUGAGAGACAGAAAGAGGCAGGUGACAGAGAGGGAGAGGCAGUUAGGGGAGAUAUGAAUGGGAUAUGAAAAUGGGGAUUGUGGUCCAGCCUCUCUCUUAGUUUGGCUCAGAGAGAAGCCAAAAAAAAAGUGACCCCAUUAUACAAAUUGUGCUGAAAUCAAGCUCUCUCGCCAGCCGCCAGGAGAAAACUGCACAGUGGAAUAUCUACAAGGAAUAUUCAGUGAGAGACAGAACAAGAGCUGUACGGGGACCGCUAGCUGGGGGGUGGGGGUUUAUGAGUUCUCACUGUGGUCUUUAAUCACCGAAACCCGGAGAAAUGUGGGGAAGAGCUUUGGUGCUGCGAUGGGGACUCAGUCCACAGUGGCACACAAAGACAGAGAAGGGACUCAGUGUCAACACUUGAUAGGGAGGAAGCUUUGCAUUAUUGAUACUGCAAAACGUUGGCGUUGAUCGGAACGUGAGCGCUAACAGCUCCAUUUGGAAAGCUGUGAAUCAGAGACUGUUGGCUCACACACACACACACACACACAACACACACGCACACACACGCACACACACACACACACACACACACAAAAACUCCUCUGUCCAGUGAUUUCAUGUUGCUACAGUAUUGUUACCCAGACGUACAGACUCUCAGACUAUUGAUCAUUGAUGCAGCAGCUCAGUAGGUUCUAAAAUCAAUCACAGACUCCUCUAGACAGAUCAGCUAUCUCUAAUAUGGACUGGAACACAUUUGUGUAGAGCAUGUAUCUCCCAUUGAGUUCAAUAUUUUUUACACUCUAUAUCCCAUUUUAAGCUGAAGAUGAGAAGCAUGGAUUGUUCUUGAUGUCACUCUGAAUCAGGACAGCGCAGGUGUCUGUAAAUAUUCAUUUCUUGGUGGGGGAGUUAGUGAAAAGAGUCCGACCCCCCCUCUUAAUCACUACAGAUAAAAUGCAGUAUACUCUUUUCAUUAAAGAAAAGAAAGAGCAGCGUUAUCAUGAUCAGUGGGAUAUGUACAGUACAUCGGAGAUGACACUUAAGGGCUCAAACACAAGUUACAUUUUUACCAGAUUUUCCUCCACUCUUUUCUUUUCUGUCUUUUGCUGUUGCUGUUUGCUGGACUUGAUAGUGUUGUAAGUAUUACAGCCUAUGAAGAGCAGCGUCUGUAUGAUCAAAAAAAUCAAUAUAUCACUAUAUUAUCAAAGGGUUUCUUGUCAGCUACGUUUACGACUUUGUAUAGCAUCAGUCUUUAUGCGCAAUGUUUUCACCAAUACAGAGCUGUCUACUUAUGCACACAGAGGCAGAGGAGAUGUAGUGUUUGUUGUCCAGUAACGCUCAACAUCGGUUUUAAAAGGGUUUGCUCCUAUGGUGUGCUUUAUAUGUAUGAUUUUGAUCAUGAACCUAUAUUAAAUAUACUUGCUGUUAGCAUUACCGGAAGGAUAUCAAUCACAGUGGAUGUGAAAAAUAUUCUGGUUAUUGACCUCUGCUAUGGUUCAGAGCCAAGGGAUUUUCCAUUACCUUUGACGAAUCAAUAAGCUAUUUGUGAUAUGACUACUAUCCAUUAGCAAGCAUAUCCUUUUAUAGAAUAACUCAUUGAUUAACUCAUUUUGGUGUUAAUCAUGCAUUACAUACAAAGUUAUAUGAGAUCCAAUUUUCUAUUUUUGAUGUCCAGACCAGUUUGUGGUAUUUAUGCAUAUGUGUAUAUGGAUACAUAUGGCCCCAACACUGCAUUUAUGCGUGACUAGUAAAGCAUAUUUUCUAUGGUAGAGCCCAUCUCCCACUAUUGUUUGCACAGUAGCUUAUAAUAUGCACCGUGAUGCCCCAUCGUCCUUUUACUGUUUACUGACUUUAUAAUUUGUGAGAUUACGUUAUGAAAAAGCUGUAUUUUGGUACUAUUCGAAUAUUGUUAGAAAAAGAGGUAUAGCAGACGUUUUGUCCAAGAAAUAUAUUACCAUAGUGUUGCUAUGAAUUAGUCUGUUUUCCUUAUUUUGGGGAGGGAUGACAGGGAUAUUUUUGUUCUUCUUUUGUUGUUGAUUUGCAAUCUGACAGUAUAUCACCAUUGUUCUAUAUACGACUUUCUUACGUGGCAAUAAAAGAUGACUUCUGUAAAAACUCUUC